AACCCUUGGUGGGCAGAGAGCAGAGGGGGUAACGGGGGCCUGAAAAGGAGACGAGUGCCCCAGAGAAUUUUGCCUGCUUCAGUUUUGUCAAAGGCCAGCCUGUGGACGGUCUCUGAAAGCAGGUCCCAGAGCCUAGAGGCAGAGAACCUUUGAUGUCACACCUGACCUUUGUGACACAGGCACUAGAUGUCACGGAGAACUACCCCCAGGAAAUGGGACUUCUAGCUCCCAAGGGUGGUGGCAGUGCCACCCCUUAGACAAAGUCCCAGUCUUUCAGAGGCUUUCACCAGCUGGCCACAUGCUCCUGCUGCUGUUGGGUGUGAUAAGCCAUAUUGACUAGGGCCAGGCUGAGCCAGAGGACAUCAGCAUUAGGGGCAACAAGGGGUCAGGGGAACCAGACUGGCAGGAAACCAAGAUGCUUGCAGAAUCCCUGAUUCAGGUUUAGGAGAACAAAAGCCUAUAACAGAAGACCCCCUCCUGGCUAAGGAGGACUGAAGACCAGGCUCGGACAGAAAUCUGGGUCAGAGUGAGUUUAGGGUAGAGGAUGCUGGGGGCAGAGAGGGGUGCAUCCACUCUUUGGUGACUGUUCCUUUUUCUCCCAGGUCCCGUCCUUUCUGAAGUGCCUUGUAAAACAGUCCAGAGGACCCUUCAUGGGUAAGAGCUUACACCACCAGAACACCCUCAAUUCCUAGUCGCAUCUCAGCCCCCAUACCCUCUUCUCCAACUCCUUCCUACCCUCUCUCCCUCCCUAUUUCUCUCCUCCUCAGCUCUACCCUUCCCUUGAGCAUUUUGCCAGCUCUUCUGCCCCCAAAGGUGACAUGGGUUUAGGGUCUUAGUGAACCAGCCUGGAACUGGCCCCUGAGGCAAAGCUGGAAAUGGACCCAUUCUCUCAAUAUCUUGGGUGCUGUUUCUUUCUCUACAGGUCCUAUGGGCUGUGCCUUCCUCCCUGGCCCAUUCAGAUAAUUGCUGCCACCCCCAGGCUCCCAGAGGCAGCUCGGAUUCUCCAUCCCUAUACAUCCCUCAUCAAAUGGCCAACUGCAAAGAAGAGAGAAGCCAAGCUUAGAUCCCACCUCCUGCCUGAACACCCAGAGAGCCUGGUGCUGCUGGGCUGGGUGUCUCCUACGCUGCAACCAGAGAUACCAGUCCUGGCUGCCAGGUCUCUAAUCUCUGGUCUUGCCGCCUCAGUCCUUUCCGGUUUCAAGGCGAUGUUGCCUCAAAACAAGGACCAAGGGCUGCUACAGAAAGCAGCGCCCCCUGGGCGUCCCCCUCAGGGCCCCUCACAACUUGUGGACUCCCUUCCUCAGAACCUUCAGCCUUUGCCUCCACAGAAAUCGCUCCCUCUCGCCCCUCCACCUUGCUCCCCUCCACCACAGUCCCACUCUCCUGGCUCCCAUUCCUCCUCUUCUGACUCAAAUUCUGACUUCGUCCUACAACCCUACUCUUCCUCUCUCCCAAGUUCCCCCGCUUUCUUUCAUCAGAAUUGCCCGUCUCUCUCCCUUCCACGUUCCUCCUCUCCCUCCUGCCAGCUAUAUCCCUCUCCGCCUCCUACUCAGUCCUCUAAUCCCUCUCAGCCACAGAACUCCUCUCGCCCACACUGCCAGUCUCCUUUACACUCCGAAGACCUACCUAGCUCCACGCUCACUUCCCAGAACCUCAGCCUACCUUGUCCUGGGGUCCACCCCAAUAGGCAGACAUGGCACUGGCAUCAGCACCAGGACACCAGAUCCCCUGGGGUGGCGGAGGGAUGCGUGGCAAGCGAAAGGGACGCUGCAGAGUUCAGGAACCCGGGAGCCCUGGCCCAGGCCCUGGUGGUGCAGCUGGGGUACCGUCGCAUCGCACACGACCUUCGGUUACUCAUUUUGCAGAGCCUGUGGCUAGGCAGAACCGACCAGCCUCCGGUUGUGGAGUACCCUAUAUGCCUGGUGUGUCUCCGGCCCCGCAGUCCCUCUUGCCCCACCCCCAGGUACAGGACUGGACCCCGGCUGCUUGCCUUCCCCCAGCUACUGCCCUGUGCACAAGACCAGGAAUCGAGACCACUCCGCAUAGGCAUCGGCUUUGCUCUCCGCCUGCCUCAAGGCCAGGCCAGGACUUUGCAUCUGUUGCCAGAAAGAAGACGGGAGGAAGCAGGACCUCAGGGCGAGGCCAUGCAGGCCCCUGGGUAUCAAACCCACGCAUUUCAGGCCCCAGCAGCUCAGGCCUGGGCAGAUUCAGCUUCAGGCAAACCCUCCCUGACCGGGAGCCUCAGGUCUGCAGGCCCUCCAUCACCAAAUUCCACUCGAUGUUCAGGGCCUCUGCGUCAGGCACUCAAACAGGCCGCGGUCUCCCUGAAGCCCGGGCUUUUGUCGGCUCCAAGGCCUGCCUCUCCAGAGCCUAUUCUCCAAAAGUCGCCAUCCUAUUUCCAGAGCCACGGAGGCUCACUGGAGCACCUCUUCUAAACCCUGCCAUCCCCACCAGGCCCCAGAUCUCGGGGAGCCCCCGAGACACCCUGAAGGGCUGGCUGGCUGGCGGGCAGGUGUGUUCUCCAGCCCUGAACCCUGGAAGUCCCUUGUGGAGCCUGCUCUCUCCUGGCUGAAGAGGACCAAGGGUACGGGAGGCCCCAUUCAGCCUUCAAUGUAUCCAAUAAAGCUUAACCCUGCAAAACUUGUGUUUGUGUCCUGUUGAGCAGACACCCUGGGUACCUAUGGGGUCAGAGGGGGUGGGGCAGAACCCAACAAGGGGUCGGAGAGAGUCAAGGGAAACAGAGUGGCCAGGGAGAGUGGAUGCCAUGUACCCGAAAAGGGCAAGGGGCCCACAAGGCCUGAGCACCUGAGAUGUGCCGGGCUCUGGCUGGCCCUUCGCACAUUAAAUUUGGUGAAGCAGAUAAUGGCAUCCCCAAAGGUGAAGCCACUGGGUCCCUUCUGCUGGGUGCACCUUAGGUUAACGAGGAUGCAUGCCGAUGUGGCCAGGGGAGCAACCGGAGGUGUCUCCUUGCAGGAAAGGGCACUCUUCGCAUUCACUUGCAGAGAACCACCAGGAUGCUCCCAUUGGAGAUAAGAAA